UAAGGCGUAUUGUGAGAUGUGUUCAUUGGAUUCAGCGACUAAGUUGCUCGAUGAGAUGGAGAAUAAGGGUGUGAACCCGGAUAGGAUCACGUUUAACACUCUUUUAUAUGCCUUUUACGUGAAUGGACAGUUUGCGGAUGCUGAGAUGAUAUGGCAAAGAAUGGUAAAUAAGAAUGUUACACCUGAUAUUAGGAGUUAUAAUGCAAAGUUGUAUGGGUUGGCAAUCGAGAAGAAAACAAAAGAAGCUGUUGAGUUAGUUGAAGAGAUGAGGAAGAAGACAAUUAAGGUGGAUGUCUUUAGUUUCAAUGCUGUGAUAAAGGGGUUUGUUAAUGAAGGGAAGUCGGAAGAAGCUAAGCGGUGGUAUGAUGAUAUUGAGAAGAGUGAUUGUGCCAUAAACAAAGGGACUUUUACAAUACUCGUUCCCUUUGUUUGUGAGAAAGGUGAUUUGGAGUUUGCUUUUGAACUCUGCAAGAAGAUUUUUAGUAGGCGGUGCCUUGUUGAUCUGGAAUUGUUGCAGCUUGUUGUGGAUUCUUUGGUUAAGGAAUCCAAGAUUGAGGAGGCAAAAGAGUUGUUGGAGCUUUCGAAGACAAAUGAUUACUGUCGUUACAAUCUGAAAUUAUCUUCAGAAAAGUAAUCCAAUGUCUUUUAAGCUUUUGUUCUUCUGUUUAUUUUCUUAUAGAUUAGAUCCUUGUGAGCUUUUAGCUCGUUUAGUAUCACUGCCAAAUUUGUAGAAGUAUGGCAUUGAGUUUUUCUCCAUGUUUUGCAUAUCCAUACUGAUGCGGAACUGUUUUAAUGUUUGAGUUAUUUAUGCUUUAAUGUAUCCAAUAAACUGGAAAUUUGAAUAUCAAUUGUGGUAUGGAGUUUUUGUUUGGAUGGUA